UCUCAUCUUUUUAAGUGGGAGAACUUGCACAAUUGGUGGCUGACUAAAUACUUUUUUGCCCCACUGUAACUUUGUCCUUUCUGGGAUGGGAAUUUUGGAGACAGCGCUGUCCUUAAAGCACAUUUAGAAACCACUACAGCCUGGGGGUGACUAGUUCCAUGUUGCCAGAACUGCAGCAGAAUACCGUUUGCAUCGGAGCCACAGCCAGUCCCCCAUGUCCAACCACCACAGGCACAUCGGCAACAGGGGUGCGGAGAACAGAAUGGAAUCAGACAGAGGAAGGAGAAGAGAAGUUUCCUCCACCACUGAACCAUCAAACACAGAACAGACUCCAACCCCUGAGACCUCCAGUUCACAACCCCCUCAGCCAGACACAGACCAGACUCCAACCCCUGAGACCUCCAGUUCACAACCUCCUCAGCCAGACACAGACCAGACUCCAACGCCUGAGACCUCCAGUUCACAACCCCCUCAGCCAGACACAGACCAGACUCCAACCCCUGAUACCUCCAGUUCACAACCUCCUCAGCCAGACACAGACCAGACUCCAACCCCUGAGACCUCCAGUCCACAACCCCCUCAGCCAGACCCCAACCUCUGGCCCUGAGACCUCCAGUCCACAACCCCCUCAGCCAGACACAGACCAGACUCCAACCCCUGAGACCUCCAGUUCACAACCUCCUCAGCCAGACACAGACCAGACUCCAACCCCUGAGACCUCCAGUUCACAACCCCCUCAGCCAGACACAGACCAGACUCCAACGCCUGAGACCUCCAGUUCACAACCCCCUCAGCCAGACACAGACCAGACUCCAACCCCUGAGACCUCCAGUUCACAACCUCCUCAGCCAGACACAGACCAGACUCCAACCCCUGAGACCUCCAGUUCACAACCUCCUCAGCCAGACACAGACCAGACUCCAACGCCUGAGACCUCCAGUUCACAACCCCCUCAUUCAGACACAGACCAGACUCCAACGCCUGAGACCUCCAGUUCACAACCUCCUCAGCCAGACACAGACCAGACUCCAACCCCUGAGACCUCCAGUUCACAACCCCCUCAGCCAGACACAGACCAGACUCCAACCCCUGAGACCUCCAGUCCACAACCCCCUCAGCCAGACCCCAACCUCUGGCCCUGAGACCUCCAGUCCACAACCCCCUCAGCCAGACACAGACCCCACCCCCGGGACCUCCUCUGACCAACCGAAGCCAUGAGUGUCUUUUAAACAGCAUAAAAGCUUGCCAGUAUAAUGCAAAAAUGAGCUGUAUAAGGUCAGAAUUACCCAAAUGUUCCUAACCUCUCAUGAAAUGUAUAAAAGCCACAUUCUGUUUUAAUUCUGUAAAAACCCUGAAAGCCAAAAGUCGAAACACGUUGGUUCCAUUGUCCUCAUGCACCUCCGUUGAUAGGAGAGGUAGCGGAAGAUAUCCCUUCCCUAAUCCCUUAUGUGUCCAUUCAGCAGAAACAUCCCUAAGACAGUACCAGUCAAAAGUUUGGACACACCUACCCAUUCAAGGGAUUUUCUUUAUUUUACUAUUUUUUUACAUUGUAAAAUAGAUAUAAAAAA